GCGGGCCCACGCUAAUUAUUGGAAUUGCAAUGUUGAAAUGCGAAUCUUGACAUGGAAUAUCAACGGUAUCCGUACGAUUCCACAAUAUCACCCAUGGAACUCCCUCAAGACACAUAAUGACAUACUCGACUAUCUUCAGGCAGAUAUUAUCAACUUUCAAGAAGUAAAGGCCUCACGUUCCAUACUCACGAAACCCAUCGCCGUACCACCAUCCUACGACUCUUUCUUCUCAUUUCCUACUGUGAAAGCUGGAUACUCAGGUGUAGCCACGUACACACGCUCCUCAGCCGUUGGGCCUUUAAAAGCAGAGGAAGGACUCAGUUUCGCAAACCGGUCGAGUGCACAGCUGAAACCUACACCUCCACUAGAUCCUUUAGAACGCGUGUCAAAGGAAGAAGCAUAUCCGGAUUCUCGCGUUGUUGUCUCUAAUGAAGAAGUUGAGGCUAGAAACGGAGGCGGUGAUGUACUCCUCCUACGCAACGACCUAAAGUCUUUGGACACGGAGGGUCGCGUUUUGACCCUCGACUUUGGGAUGUUUGUCCUCAUCAACGUGUAUUGCCCAAAUGAUGGAUCGGAGGAACGACUACCGUUUAAAAUGGACUUUCAUCAUAUCCUCGAAGCGCGUAUUCGUGGAUUAAUCGCGGAAGGGAGAGAAGUGAUCCUAGUUGGCGAUUUGAACGCAUGUGCUGCGUUGAUUGAUCAUUGUGAAGGAAAUAUUAUUAUCAAGCGCGGUUUAGCUGAAGGAUAUAUGAAUGGUGAAGAGUGGUUUUUGGCAGAAAGAGAUGGAAGGCGGUGGUUGAAAGAUUUGCUAGUCACGGAAAGCGGGGACAUUGGGAAAGGGAGAGGAUGUUUGGUGGAUAUCGUGAGGAAGUAUCAUCCCGAACGUAAAGGGAUGUAUACCUGUUGGAACACCAAAAUUUCUGCUAGAGAUUCAAAUUAUGGAACACGUAUAGACUACAUCCUGACCACUCCCAAUCUUGCCCCUUGGAUUAAAGACGCCGAUAUCCAGCCUCACAUAAAAGGCAGCGAUCACUGUCCAGUUUACAUCGACUUACACGACGAAAUAAUUGGGAGAGAUGGGGAUACGCUAAAGUUGAAGGACAUUCUGUCCGGUGCUGGAGAUACAAAAAAUGAACCUCCCAGGUUGGCAGCCAAAUUUUGGGACGAGUAUUCGGGGAAACAAAAGUUAUUGUCGAGCUUUUUCGGCGGGAAGAAGGGAACUACUACUGGCCAGGCCUCACAACUGACAGCGGCUACAUCCAUUGUAUCCACGAUUCCAACCAUCCACGGAGUGGAUCAAUCUGAAGUGGAACUACCACAUAGCUCUCCUUCUCUUCCCUCCUCACUCUCAGUAUCGAUGACACCUGCAGCGACAGGGUAUUCGCCGGAGAAGAGGCCUUUAUCCCCCGAAACAGCAGCAUCAACGGGUUCAAUUGCACCGACUAAGAAGUACAAAGAUGAAAGGGGGUCUUCUCAAGCAAGGGUGCCGCCUACUUCUUCUACGAGUGGUACGAAGAAACCGAUAAAGAAAUUGAAACCAGGACAGUCGAAGCUCUCGACGUUCUUCACUCAACCUACCUCCUCUUCGUCAUGUGGAAAUAACAAAACAGUCAAGGGGAAGGAGAAGGAGAAACGUGGAAACAGUACUCACAGUGACGCCUCACAGGCUGGAGUCCCUGCCUUUUUGCAGUCCGAGUUGCCGCCGCCAACAGAUCUGGAUUGUGGGGACGUUCAAGACAUUGAGAUUGACAUGCAACAACGGUUGGACGUUCAACUUGAUUCCGAAGCAGAUUAUCGUCUGGCUUUGGAGCUAUCCUCAAGCCAAAGUUCGUUCUCUUCCUCUCAAAAGCAGAAAGAAGCCGGAGAAGCAUGGAAAUCGCUUAUGGCCCCCAUACAGGCUCCCCUCUGCAUCGUGCAUAAUGAACCCGCAAAAGAGUUUACGGUCAACAAGCCCGGUGUGAAUAAAGGAAAGAAGUUUUUUGUGUGUUCAAGGCCUGUUGGGCCUGGAUAUGAUAAGGGGCGUGCUGAGAGGCUGAGAGAGGAUGUUGAUCCUCAGUUUAGGUGUAAUUUCUUCAAAUGGAGUAGCGACGUUAGGAGGGAGAUGCGGAACGGCGGAUGAGUGAGAUGGAUUGUUUUAUACCCUCCAUUUUUGAUCUUUAAGAAGCAUAUUGUAGCAUACUCAGUAGUACACGAUCGCAU